AUGUUUGAGGAGGUGUUUGUUAUCGUACUAAUGGAGUCAAACAUCGUAGUCAAGGGCUUCUGGCAACCCAAAGGUCAUAUUCAGGGUGACUUCAGGUAUUCCAGAAAUCUUCUACGCGACGACUUCCGGGCGACGCCGGCCGACACGGUGGUGGCAGCGGGGGAGUCAGCGCUGCUUGAGUGUAUCCCGCCCCGGGGACACCCUGAGCCUCUCGUCCGCUGGAGGAAGAACGGCCAGGUCAUCAAGGUGCCGGAGUCACACAGGCACGAGGUGGUGGACGAGGGCACGUUACUGAUCCGCCACGUGCAGCAGAACGACGGAGGGCAGUACACGUGUGAGGCGUGGAACCUGGCUGGCUCUAAGACCACUGACCCCAUCAAACUCUACGUCCAUAUCAAGCCGAGCUUCCUGCGGGGGCCGAAGGACACGGUGACCCUGACGGAGCGCAAGGUGGAGUUCGAGUGUCAGGUGAGCGGUGACCCUGCUCCUCAGGUGUCCUGGAGGAGGGUGCGGGGAAACCUACCUGACGAUCGCACCGAGAUCCUCGACGACCACACCCUCAGGAUCGCCCGUGUUACGCCUGGCGAUGAGGAUACUUACGUCUGUGAGGCCGUGAACGUAGUCGGCACGGCCAGGACCAACGCUACUCUCACUGUGUAUACUGCUCCGGAGUUUCUGGUACGACCCCAGGACGUGAGAGCGACGGCGGGAUCAUCUGCGGCGUUCGAGUGCCUGGCGGUCGGUCGUCCGCCUCCGCUGGUGGUGUGGAGUCGUCAGGACGACCAUAAUCUCCUCCUGCCCCGCCAGGACACUCCCUCGGGCGAACCUGACGACCAACCCAAUGUGUGGGUCAACGCCGAGGGCACCUUAAUUAUCAACCAGGUAACACGAGAGUUAGCGGGGUGGUACUCAUGCGCCGCCGUGUCCGCUGCGGGAUCACUGGUGGCACGGGCGCUGCUGGAAGUGCCGGCGCCCACCCUCCACCCCCCGCCCGUCAUCUCCGUUCGCCCCCGCAACCUGACGGUGACCCCUGACGCCGUGGCCCUCCUGGUGUGUCAGGCGGAGGGUGACCCCGCCCCCAGGGUCACCUGGACUAAGGACGACGAACACCUACCCGACGACGACACCAGGAUCACUCUGCUGGGCUCCGGAACCCUCCAGCUCAGUGCUGUGAGGGAAGAGGACGCAGGGGAGUACAAGUGCUCGGGCACGUCAGAUGCGGGCACCACCACCGUCACCAGCUACCUGAAGGUGGUACCUCCGAACAGUCCAGCCGCCGCCCGCACUACGCCUGCCCCCGACCCUAGAGACCUUCCGGGGUCGCCCAAACCACCAGCCCUUCGUGCACGCAACGCCACUACCCUCACCCUGGCCUGGGGUCCCCCUGAUCACGAGGGCGCCUCUGCCAUCACCUCCUAUAUCCUGGAGAUGUGGAGUGGCCCGGGGUCAUGGCAGCCGCUAGAGGAGCACAUCCCCGCCGAGUCCUACACCGUCACCGGCCUCAAACCGUACACCCAGUACCGGGCCAUCGUCAGAGCCAUGAACAUGCACGGGGUAUCUGCAGCCUCACCCGUGUCAGGGCCGCUGGUGACGGGCGGCCGACGGGUAGGAGAGAGCGGCACCUCCAAUGUCGACGAUGACCCACAGGCCCGGGAGGUGCUCGCCCACCCACACGUCACACUCCUCCCGCCCACACCUGUCUCCUCCACGGCCAUCAGGCUAACGUGGAAGGUCCAGGACUUCGCAAAUUACAUGGACGGUUUUUACAUCCGGUAUCGUGACCUGGACUCGGGUACGCAUCAAUUCCGGAUGGAGACCAUAGUGAGGUCGGGGCCAGAUGCCUACACCCUGACGGACCUGGACAAGUACACUGAGUAUGAGUUCUUCGUCGUCCCCUACUACAGGAACAUCCACGGACACCCCUCCAACUCCCGGAUCGCCAGGACUAAGGAAGAUGUGCCGUCGGCGCCCCCAUCAGGAGUUGAGAGCUUGGUGUUGAACAGGACGAGCGUGGUGCUGUCAUGGCGGCCACCCUCCCGUGCCCACACCAACGGCCUCAUCACCCGCUACUCCGUGUGGCUUUUCAUCAACAAGACACAACCUCACUCUAACCUCACCGUGGACGGCGCCCUGCACAGCCUCACCCUUCAUAAUCUUACGUUCGGCCUUCACUUCACUGCCACUGUCGCCGCCCACACCAAGGCUGGCCAGGGCCCCACUAGUGGUGGCCACACCUGGCUACAGGACCCCCUGGCCAAUGUGGGGUCUGAUGAGGCCCGCCGAGUACCCUCCCCACUGAUGGCUGUGUUGAGGGAGACUUGGUUCAUCGGGGCGGUGGGCGCUGCCGGCUUUGUGGCUCUCUCGGUAUUUGUCGCCGUCGUCUGUUACCGCCGCAAGAGGAACGAGAAGCGAGCCAUGGGAGGUUACAAGAUGGAUGGUCGCAGCAUGAACGGGACCAUGUCAGGGGGGUUAUGGAUAGAGCGAGGUCCGUGGGGCAGCUCUUCCGGCGGCACCACCGAAGAAAAGAACGAUGCCACCCCAGAGAAGCUGCUCAACCUCAAUGCCACACCUGGAGACUAUGCUGAGGUGGAUGGCCCAGUGGCACCCCUCAUGCCCCCAGGGACACAGGCACCUGGUACUCCUGUAGCCUACGCCACCACAAACAUCAUUCGCGGGAGAAAUGGUGAAAAAGUAGAGCCAAACAUCCCCGUGUACGGCAGCAUGUAUGGAGACAGUAAUGCAGUGGAGAAGCCUGAUGACAACCUCGUCCUCUACUGUACCCUCAAGAAGCAGCAACUCUACAAGCCUUCCCUCUCACCGGCACUCAACUCUAAGCAGCCUCAUGGUGUGGUGCAACGGGGCUAUAUUCCUCCCUGGGAACAGUAUGCUCCUCCACCUCUCCCAGAGAACCCACCUCCUGACCAUCCUCAGCAGUACAAUAGCCCACAAGGACUUCCACUGUUUCCCCAGCAACAACACCCUCAGUGGAGGCAUCAAUCCCCAAUGGUUAACAGGGCUCUUGGAAGACAGAUAAUGACUACAGGCUCACUACCUCGUCACCUCAACAAGAGAAAGGCCAGUCCUUCUAUUCCAAAGAGAGGUGUAAACACAGGUGACUUUGAUAUAAAUGGUGACUCUCUUCCACUUCCUCCCAUGGACAUGACAGGACCAGGAACCCCACCUAUACAUAGAGACCCUAAAGACCCUCUCCCUGGCCCUGCUUCUGGAGUAGGACUGCAAGGUCUACAGGGGUUAAGUGGAUCGCGGAUUAUGGGUGCCCCAGGAGCUCCACGCCUGGCCCGUGACUACAGCCCAGGACGUCUCCCAGACAUGUAUGGUGGUAGCUCUGUGUACCAGGGACCAAUUGAUGAGGAGGAAGAGAGUGACUCUCCUUAUAAUGAAGGUAGUGCUAUAUACACUGACCAAAGUGCCCUCUAUGAGUCUACCUCUGCUUUCUAUGGAAGCAUGGGUGACAAAGCAUAUGCAGCAGACAGCACUAAUCCCCUUCUAGCAUCUCAGAAUGGUCCCCCUGGUGUUCAGCACAGUCCUCAGCAUGGCCCUAUCCCACACAAUCCCCACCAAGCUAAUGGAAUUAAAGAACAUGUCAUUCAACACAGUUUAUCCCCCUUGCCAGACUCCCACCCAUUAUCCCAUCAACAUUCACCACCACGAAACAACCACCAGCCUCACCAACAAAGUCAUCAACAAGCCCUCUCUCAUCCCCGGUAACCUGCUGACAAACCAUUUGCAUCUAAGCUUACCUCUAAACUAAGUAUUUUGAGUGAUUUGUGGGUAAUAAUUAGACAUGUGUUUAUAAAGUUGAUCCACAAUAUAUAAUCAUACAAAGCAAAUGAAGGAUAGAUGCUAGAUUAGCCAGUCAGAUUGUAUUCAAUCUUGUAUCAUAUAUGGGGUCCAUAUUGCAGACCACUCAUUAUAAUAUUUGUGGCAUUAUCUAGGAUAAUCUUAAAAUAUGCGUGUCUACAUUACAAAACCUAUCUUCCGGUUCUUCAGCCAUUCCCUACAGAGGUAUCAAAUAAUAAUCUGUAGGAUAAUAUGUAACCUGUGUUCACCUAGUGUUUAUGGUGUAUAAGUGUAAACUAUGGUAACCACAAAAUAUACAGACGAUACCUUCAUCACACUGUUGUGCUGAUAAAGGAUGGACAAUUUCUAGUCGUGAGACAAAAAUGCCUAUAAUAAAAAUAUUGAUAUACAGA